AUGGCGGCGCCGCUGGGCGUCACGCUCUCGUUUCUAGACGCGUUCGUCGAGUCGCACGGCGGGUACGACGUAUUUGCGACGCUCACGACACGCGACGUCAACUUGCAGUUUCUCCAGCCGCUCACGGCGACCUCGCAGCUCUCGCUUGUGGACCAGCUCACAGUGGCGCAUGCCGACGUCCUGCCCGCACGCUACUACGUCUCGCAUGCGUGGCCAUACAACUUUCUGGACGUUGUCGAGAGCCUCCACGUCUUCUUCAGCGACAAGCCCGCGUCCGAUGCGGUGGUGUGGCUCGACCUCUUUUGCAACUCGCAGCACACCAACACGGACUUUGCGAGCUUGACGCGCAUCAUUUCGUCGGCCAUUUCGUCCAUUCAGCGCGUCGUCAUGGUCCUACUGCCGUGGGAUCGGCCAAUUCCGCUCACGCGCGCGUGGUGCGUCUACGAAGUUUACGUGACCGUUGCGUCGCACAGUCACUUUGACGUGGCCAUGACCGAGGCCGAGACCAAUCGCGAAGCGUCCGACUCGUACGACCCGAUUGACAAGGUGCAGAUCGUGGCCACGAUUCAAAACACGAUUGGCUUUCGAGACAUGGACACGAUGGUGUUUCGCGUGUUUGAAAAUUGGAUGACGGCGACGCUUUUGGCCAAAGUGGCCGCGACGCCGCAGACGCUCGGGCGGUCGAAUUGGCGCUUCAAGCUCGGCUCCUUGCACCACGUGCAAGGCAAGUACGACCUCGCCGAAGCCGCGUUCGAGGCCUGCGUUGCCGCGCGGCGCGGGCUACUCGGGAGCGACCACCCCGAGACAAUCUCGGCCCAAGCGCACCUCGCACGCACCUACAAGGCCCAAGGCCGAUAUGUCCACGCCGAAUCGCUCUUACGGCAGUGUCACGAUGUAAACCAGCGCAUUCAACAGGACGAGUCACCGACCGCGCUGCUUGUACUCGACACGCUCGCCGCGACGCACCAGUGCCUCGGGCAGUACGUGGACGCCGAAGCGCUCUUUGAGUCGUGCUUGGCCAAGCGGAGACGAACGCUCGGAGACGACCAUCCAAGCACGAUGGUCACCAUGAGCAACCUCGCGACCUUGUACCAAGCGCAGGGAAAGUACGAGUUGGCGGCACCGCUCUUCGAGCGCUGCUUGGCGGCAAGCAUCGCCAGCGUUGGCCAAGACAACCCAAACACGCUCAUCUUGAGGAACAAUGUGGCCGCCAACAAGAGCGCAAUGCACGACUAUGUGUCCGCAGAGGUGUUGUACGCACAGUGCCGCAACGACAGCGAGCGUAUCCUUGGGCCCGACCACCCGAGUACGCUCGCUACGCUCAACAACCUCGCGGCGACCUACUACCACCAGCGAAAGCUGGACGUUGCCGAGGCGCUGUACACGCAGUGCCUCGGCGCGUGCCAGCGGGUGCUGGGCGCGACGCACCCGCAGACGCUCUCGGCGAUGAACAACCUCGCCGCGCUGCUCAAGAUGCUGCCAAGUUUGACGACGCCGAGGCGCUCUACCUCAAGUGCGUGGCCGCCAACGCCGACGUGAUGGGUGUCGCACAUCCACAGACGC